CUCUUUAAUUCAUUUUCCUGUCGCUUCAUUUAUGGACAACAGAAGCUCCGAGUGAGACUUGAUAAUUUCCGUUCACAGCUGAAGAUGGAGACAGUGAUGGAGAGAGAGUGCAGCGCGCUGGGGGGGCUUUUCCAGACUGUCAUCGGAGACAUGAAGGGCAGUUACCCUGUCUGGGACGACUUCAUCAGCAAGGCCAGCAAACUACAGUCUCAGCUCAGGACGACGGUUGUGGCGGUAGCAGCCUUCUUGGACGCCUUUCAGAAAGUGGCAGACCUGGCAACCAACAGCAGAGGAGGGACCAGGGACAUCGGUUCAGCUCUCACCAGGAUGUGCAUGAGGCACCGCAGCAUCGAGGCCAAACUCCGCCAGUUCUCCAUGGUGUUUCUGGACUGUCUGAUCAACCCUCUACAGGAGCAGAUGGAGGAGUGGAAGCGAGUCGCCAACACUCUGGACAAAGACCACGCCAAAGAGUAUAAGAAGGCCCGUCAGGAGAUCAAGAAGAGAUCCUCAGACACUCUGAAGCUGCAGAAGAAAGCAAAGAAAGCUGAUGUAUUUGGUCGUGGUGACCUCCAGCCUCAGCUGGACAGUGCCAUGCAGGACGUCAGUGAUAAAUACCUGCUGCUGGAGGAGACGGAGAAGCAGGCGGUGAGGAAGGCGCUGGUGGAGGAGAGGAGCCGCUUCUGCUGCUUCGUCUCUAUGCUGAGGCCUGUCGUGGAGGAGGAGAUGUCCAUGCUGGGGGAGAUCACUCACCUCCAGACUCUGACAGACGACCUGAAGGCUCUAACUAUGGACCCUCACAAGCUGCCGGCCUCCAGUGAGCAGGUAAUCGUGGACCUGAAAGGCUCAGACUGCACCUGGUCAUAUCAAACCCCGCCCUCAUCGCCAAGCACCACCGUAUCUAGGAAGUCCAGCAUGUGCAGCAGCCUGAACAGCGUGAACAGCAGCGACUCUCGCUCCAGCGGCUCACACUGCCACUCCCCCACCUCCCACUUCCGGUACCGCGCCUCCUCCUCCUCCUCCUCCUCGGUGCUCCCACAGCAGACACCUGCCCGCCUCUCUUCAGUCUCCUCCCACGACUCGGGCUUCAUUUCCCAGGAUGCCUUCCAGUCCAAGUCCCCUUCACCCAUGCCCCCGGAGACCUCGCAGGACUGGGCCAAACCAGGCCCAUAUGACCAGCCAAUGGUCAACACCCUGAAGAGGAGCAAGGAGAGGAGAGAGACUACAGAUCCCAGCAGCCACCAGAGCGCUGAUGUCACCACACCAGGGGCGGAGCCACAAGGGGUCAAAGGAAGCCACUCUGAGGACAGGGAGGCCCAUGAGGAGCUGGCCAGAGCGCUGGCCCGAGGCCUCCAGCUGGACAUCCACGGCUCCAGCCGAGACUCGCUGCAGGGCUCCAGCGGCUACAGCAGCCAGACCAACACACCCUGCUGCUCAGAGGACACCAUCCCCCACAAGUAAAAUAGUUUUCUGUUCCCCACAGUAUCAGACUGUGACUACUACACUGUGGGCGUGGACCAGGACAGUGAGCAGCAGCAGUCGUCAGACUUCGAUAAAUCCUCCACCAUCCCCAGAAACAGUGACAUCAGCCAGUCAUACCGCCGCAUGUUUCAGUCCAAACGCCCUGCUUCCACUGCUGGCCUGCCCUCCAACCCCUCUGCUGUAAUCACCCCUGGAGUAGCCACCAUCCGACGGACACCGUCCUCCAAACCUAACCUUCGGCGGCCCUCCGGGGGCCUCAGCCUAGGCCCCAUCCCAAUCAAGCCCCCCAUGAUCCCAGUCAAGACCCCCACUGUGCCUGAACAUCCUGGCUUCCCAAGCAGAGCAAUGUCAGAGGAUGGCAACACAUCAAGGACCCCGCUCAGUCCCCCCACCACCCCAUUGUCACCAGGCGGCAGUGGGCUGUUGUCACCAAAGACCAGCCCCUUUGACACUCGACACCUGUGCGAAGGGUCAGAUCCUCCAACCCCACCACCACAGCCCGGUGGGCGGGUGUCAGAGUGGGAGCGCCGGCCUCUCCCAGAGCUCCUGGAGGAGACAGAAUAUGGCGAGGUGGAGGACUUUCUGGUGGCUAUCCGACGAGGCGUCAAGCUCAAGAAGACGAUGACCAAUGACCGAUCAGCGCCAAUUAUUCACUGAGAGGAGAA